CUCCGCAAGCAGACCCCUUAAAAGCCGCCUCUCCCCGCCGCCAACGAACCCUCGUUUUCUCUCUCCUGAGCUGCGCCGUCGCCUCUCCUCCGACGCCGAAUCCGGGACUCCGAUCUCGGGUUCACCGCAGCGCGCCAAGCACCCGACUCCCGUUCCGAUCCGCUCUACUCACCGCGCGUCAGUCAUGGCGGGAAUGGCACCAGAGGGUUCCCAGUUCGAUGCUAAGCACUACGAUUCUAAAAUGCAGGAGCUGCUGAGCUCUGGUGAGACUGAGGAGUUCUUUACUACAUAUGAUGAAGUUUUUGAGAGUUUUGAUGACAUGGGCCUCCAAGAGAAUCUUCUGAGAGGCAUUUAUGCUUAUGGUUUUGAGAAGCCUUCAGCAAUUCAGCAAAGAGGAAUUGUUCCUUUCUGCAAGGGUCUUGAUGUCAUUCAGCAAGCGCAAUCAGGAACAGGAAAGACAGCAACUUUCUGUUCUGGGAUUUUGCAGCAGCUCGACUAUGGCUUGGUUGAGUGCCAGGCCUUGGUCCUUGCUCCCACCCGUGAGCUUGCACAGCAAAUUGAAAAAGUCAUGCGUGCACUUGGUGACUACCUGGGUGUGAAAGUUCAUGCAUGUGUGGGAGGAACUUCUGUCCGUGAGGACCAAAGGAUUCUUGCAAGUGGUGUGCAUGUUGUUGUUGGAACACCUGGUCGUGUGUUUGACAUGUUGCGUAGGCAGUCCCUCCGCCCUGAUCACAUAAAGAUGUUUGUCCUGGAUGAAGCUGAUGAGAUGCUUUCUCGUGGUUUCAAGGAUCAGAUUUAUGACAUCUUCCAGCUCCUACCAGGGAAAAUUCAGGUUGGAGUCUUCUCUGCUACCAUGCCUCCUGAGGCCCUCGAGAUUACUCGCAAGUUCAUGAACAAACCUGUGAGGAUCCUUGUGAAGAGGGAUGAGCUUACCCUUGAGGGUAUCAAACAGUUCUAUGUGAAUGUGGAAAAGGAAGACUGGAAGCUGGACACCCUUUGCGACCUGUAUGAGACUCUGGCCAUCACUCAGAGUGUCAUCUUUGUGAACACCCGCCGCAAGGUGGACUGGCUUACUGACAAGAUGAGGAGCAGAGACCACACAGUUUCUGCCACCCACGGUGAUAUGGACCAGAACACUAGGGACAUCAUCAUGAGGGAGUUCAGGUCUGGUUCUUCCCGUGUGCUCAUCACCACCGACCUGCUUGCCCGUGGUAUUGAUGUGCAGCAAGUGUCCCUGGUCAUCAACUAUGAUCUUCCCACCCAGCCAGAGAACUACCUGCAUCGCAUUGGUCGGAGUGGACGUUUUGGUAGGAAGGGUGUUGCCAUCAACUUUGUGACCCGCGACGAUGAGAGGAUGCUUUUUGACAUCCAGAAGUUCUACAACGUGGUGGUUGAGGAGCUGCCAGCCAACGUUGCUGACCUUCUGUGAUCAAGUUGAAAAAAACAAAAAAAGGGUAAGGGAUCUGAUAAGGCUUUACUUUUGUUGAAAUAUCGCCAAGUUUCUCAUGUGGGGAGGAGUGAUAAGGUCGGGUUUCUAUGUUGAGUCAGUUGUCAUGGACAAUUUGCAAUUUUUAUGCCAUGUUUUGGGAAUUUUUGUAGCUGCCUAGGCUGUGGUAUGUGCUUGGGUCGAUUAGCAUGAAGGGGGAGACGCUGCUGCUGGAGCCUUUUUUCUACUUGGUUAGUAUUUGUUUAAAACUAUGUAUGACCGGAUGAUGCUAUUUAUUUGUGUCAUCCUUGACUCUUAUUUUACCGCUACCGCCUGUAUCCUGCAAUCAGUCAGCAUUUGUACUGUUAUUCUGAGUAAAACCUGUUUACUCUUGGCUAUAUUGAGCUUGUCUGCUGUUGUGCUGU